CCUGUGGAAGCUCGGGGAGGCUGGGUUUUAUCUCGAUUAAAACCGUUCACAGCGAAUUUGCUAAACAGCGAGGUUGUAUAUUGUUCUGUAGGCGGUAACUGCAUCUAAAGUGAUUGUGCUGUUUUUUUACAGAAAAGUGUGAGAAGCAGCUUUAAGGUUGAGGGGCGGUGCUGUGUGCUAGCUUGCCUCAUUAUUAUGGAGGCAACUCCCCUUCGCUGAACUUGUGUAGCUAGGGCUCAGACUCGGACCAGCAGUCAGUGAGUCAGUCUGCAGUGGGAUCGGCCGCCGCAUGGCUUCUGCGUAAACUUUCCUCAGCAACAAGUGGAGACGAAGAGCAGACGCUCCGGAGUGUUUGACGGACCUACCAGGAAAGAAACCACAGCUCUUCUAUGAAUCUGGAACCUGUGCUCCGCUAAGCAAACUGCUGUUUCCCCCCCAUUCGUGCAUGUUCAAACCAGAGGAGAGCUCUGGUGCCGUGGGUCGGCCGGACGACUAGUACAAACGAGUGGCAAACAGCAGGCAUGAUUUUGAGACGCAGCUCCGCGGUUGCUGCCUUCUUCCUGCUCUGCUUUCUUGUGGAGGUGUCGCAGGGAUCGGGACAAUUCGAGCUGCAGAUCUUGUCGAUGCACAACGCGAACGGAGAGUUGCCCAACGGCAUGUGUUGCGAUGGCGCACGGAGCGCAGCGGAUCGAAAGUGCGCACGGAGCGAGUGCGACACGUUUUUCAAAGUUUGUCUGAAGGAAUACCAGUCCAGGGUUUCCGCUGCGGGGCCCUGCAGCUUCGGAAUGGGAUCUACGCCUGUCCUCGGAGGGAAUACGUUUUCUUUCAGGAGUCCUGUCAGGAAUGACAAAUCCAGGAUAGUUUUGCCCUUCAGCUUUGCCUGGCCGAGGUCCUAUACUUUGAUAGUGGAGGCCUGGGACUUUAACAAUGAAACCGGUGGUUCCGACGGGAAGCUGAUAGAGAAAGCCUCUCACUCGGGCAUGAUCAACCCAAGCCCACAGUGGCAGAAACUGAUUCACAACGGCCCGGUCGCUCAGUUCGAGUACGAAAUCCGGGUCAGCUGCGACGAGCACUACUACGGCUUCGGCUGCAACAAGUUCUGCCGACCCAGAGACGAGUUCUUCGGACAUUACACGUGCGACUACAAUGGAAACAAGACCUGCCUGGAAGGCUGGUCUGGACCUGAGUGCAACACAGCUAUUUGUCGACAAGGCUGCAGCACUGAACAUGGAUCGUGUAAGGAGCCAGGUGAAUGCAAGUGUCUGUACGGAUGGCAGGGCCUGUACUGCGAUAAAUGCAUCCCCCACCCGGGCUGUGUGCAUGGCACCUGCGUUGAACCAUGGCAAUGCCUGUGCGACCUCAACUGGGGCGGCCACCUCUGUGAUAAAGAUCUGAACUACUGCGGCACUCACCAGCCAUGCUUGAAUGGAGGAACGUGCAUCAACACAGGACCUGAUAAGUACCAGUGUACCUGCGCUGAGGGCUACUCCGGAGCAAACUGUGAGAGAGCUGAACACGCCUGCCUCUCCAAUCCGUGCUCUAAUGGAGGGAGCUGCUCAGAAACCGCUCAAGGCUACGAGUGUCAGUGCGCGCCGGGCUGGAGCGGCCCGUCCUGCACCACCAAUGUGGACGACUGCUCCCCCAGCCCCUGUAACCACGGCGGGACGUGUCAGGACCUGGUGAACGGCUACAAGUGCCACUGUCCUCCGCAGUGGAUGGGGAAGACGUGUCUGAUAGACGCCAACGAGUGCGACAGCAAGCCCUGCGUCAACGCCAACUCCUGCCGCAACCUGAUUGGCAGCUACUUCUGCGAGUGCCUGCCUGGUUGGACGGGGCAGAACUGUGACACCAACAUAAACGACUGCAAGGACCAGUGCCUGAAUGGAGGAACCUGUAAGGACCUGGUGAACGGGUACCGCUGCACGUGCGCCCCCGGCUUUGCUGGCGACCACUGCGAGAGGGACGUGGACGAAUGCGCCAGCUCGCCGUGCCUGAAUGGCGGCCGCUGUCAGGACGAGGUCAACGGCUUCCAGUGUCUGUGCCUGACCGGCUUCUCUGGGAACCUGUGCCAGCUGGAUAUAGAUUACUGCUCACCCAACCCUUGCCAGAACGGAGCGCCCUGCUACAACCGGGCCACAGACUACUUCUGCGCGUGCCCAGAGGACUACGAGGGCAAGAACUGCUCCCACCUUAAAGACCACUGUCGCACCACCACGUGUAAAGUGAUUGACAGCUGUACCGUCGCCGUGGCAUCUAACAGCACGCCAGGAGGAGAGCGCUACAUUUCGUCAAAUGUGUGUGGACCUCACGGUCGCUGCCGGAGCCAAGCGGGGGGUCAGUUCAGCUGCGAGUGCCAGGAGGGCUUCAGAGGGACCUACUGCCACGAGAACAUAAACGACUGCGAGAGCAACCCGUGUCGCAACGGAGGCACGUGCAUCGACAAAGUCAGCGUCUACCAGUGCAUCUGCGCCGACGGCUGGGAGGGCGACCACUGCGAGAUCAACAUAGAUGACUGCAGCACCAACCCCUGUCAUAAUGGAGGGACAUGUCGAGACCUGGUGUCUGAUUUCUUCUGCGAGUGCAAAAAUGGCUGGAAGGGGAAAACCUGCCACUCACGUGAAAGCCAGUGCGAUGAAGCUACGUGCAACAAUGGGGGCACCUGCCAUGAUGAGGGUGACACAUUCCAGUGCAAGUGUUCCCCAGGCUGGGAGGGCACGACCUGCAACAUAGCCAAAAACUCAAGCUGUCUGCCCAACCCGUGUGAGAACGGAGGAACCUGCGUGGUGAAGGGGGAUUCCUUCACCUGCGUCUGCAAGGAAGGCUGGGAGGGUCCCACAUGCACUCAGAAUACCAACGACUGCAGUCCCCACCCAUGUUACAACAGUGGGACCUGUGUGGACGGGGAUAACUGGUACCGCUGUGAAUGCGCCCCAGGUUUCGCCGGUCCAGACUGUCGGAUCAAUAUUAACGAGUGCCAGUCCUCUCCCUGCGCCUUGGGAUCCACCUGCGUGGACGAGAUCAACGGAUAUCGCUGCCUGUGCCCCCCAGACAGAACUGGACUCCACUGUCAAGACAAAACAAGAAAGCAUUGCUCUAGUAACGGGCAUGUUGCCCCGGAUGGAGCCAGCUGGGAAGAAGACUGCAACAUUUGUCACUGCUCCAAUGGAAAAGUGCUGUGCACAAAGAUGUGGUGCGGCCCGAAGUCGUGCAAACUCGGCGCCAAAGGCCGAGGCGGAUGCCCCCCGGAUCAGAGCUGCAUGCCCCUCAGAGAAGCCCACUGCUUUGUGAAACCCUGCCUGGAGCUGGGCGAGUGCUGGGGCUCCGGCCUCGCUCAGCCUCGAAUCAAAUGCCACCCCAGCUCCUCUUACCAGGACAACAGCUGCGCCAACAUCACCUUCGUCCUAAAAAAGGAGAUCAUGCCCGCGGGCUUAACCGUGGAAGGAGUUUGUAAGCAGCUGAGGAACCUGAACAUAGUGAGGAAUUUUUCCUUGGAGCAUUCUGUGACUAUAACCUGUGACCCGUCGUUCUCGGCCAGCAACGAGAUCCACGUCUGCCUGUCUACUGAAGACCACCGUUUGGACCGCAAUCCCAUCAAAGAGAUCACAGACCGAAUAAUCGACCUGGUUAGCAAGGCCAACGGGAACAACACAAUCCUCUCUGCCAUUGUCAAAGUUCAGGUGCCGAGACCCAGCAAAACUGACUACCUUGUGCCCCUCCUCUCCUCCAUUUUCAUCGUCAUCUGGUUCCUCCUGCUGGUCUCCGUCUUGCUGUGGUGCAUGCGGCGGCGGCGGAAACAGAGCAACCACAACGGGACGCUGCCGAGCGGCUCCGAGGACAACACCACCAACAACGUGCGGGAGCACCUCAACCAGAUCAAGAACCCUAUAGAGAAGCACGUGGGCCUGACGGUGGCCAUCAAAGACUACGAAAACAAGAACUCGAUCAUUGCCAAAAUAAGGACAAAUCAUCCCGAAGGGGAUGAGGACGACAAGGAGAGGCACUUACAGAAGGGCCGCUUCGCCAAACAGCCAGCAUACACGCUGGUGGAGAGGGACGAGAAGGCGCCCAUCUCCAAUCCCAACCCAACAUCCAAGCAUCCUAACUGGACUAAUAAACAAGACAACAGGGACUUGGAGACGGCAAACAGCAUAAACAGGAUGGACUACAUCGUAUAGCAGACAGCUGUGUUGCUGUGCAACCAAGCCUUAUUCCUUCACACCCAGGUGGUGGGUGAAAACGGGGAGCCUCGGCAUGUGUAGUUAAUAAAACGGUCAUGUCAUUUGUUGA